AUGUACUACAAAGGGAAAUCCAGCCAAGACACGGACACUGACUUCUUGCUUCCGGACAAGCUAAACACCUUCUUCGCCCGCUUUGAGGCUGCCGGCUCAGACGGCAUCCCUAGCCGCAUCUUCAGAGAAUGUGCAGACCAGCUGGCUGGAGACACUGAGAUUCUGAAUACAGCUGUGCUCACCGGGAGAACAGUUGCCGUGCCAGUAAAGGUGGUCACCGUAGGAACAGAUGGCACAGUUACGGAUGUAACAGAGUCGGUAGAGUGUCGGUCGACCGAUGAAGAGGUGGUCAAGGUGUCGGCUCGUUGUGACUAUGUGUUUGUGAACGGGAAGGAGACGAGGGGGAGGAUGAGGACGGUGCUCAACUUCACCUACAGCUACCUGAGCGCCCAGCUGGAGAUGAGUGUGUGGAUGCCCCACCUCCCCCUGGUCAUCGARGUGGCUGACCCCGAGCUCAGCCAGAUCAAGGGCUGGAGGGUCCCGGUGGCGACCGGCAACAAGAGGUAUGAGAGGGUGAGUGGGGGUGAUGAAAGUGACAGUGAGAGGACAGAGAGUGGCUGUGUCCCCCAGUACCAGAGCACCACGGUGCGUGUCCUCACACACUUUGUGGCCCUGGGAGUUGAUGGAAAUGGCCAACAGGACUUCUUGCUGGGCAGUGAUUGGCAGGUGGACGUGACUGACCUGGUCCAGGAUUUACUGAGGGUGGAGGACCAACGUGUGGCCUAUCUACUGGAGGGACAGGUCCUGAUGGGCCUCAACACUGGCACAGCCAAACUACAGGUGAUGUCUCCUCUGUCUGACUCGAUCCUGGCUGAGCGGAUGGUCAGGGUUCUGGAUGAGAAAGUGAGCGUGACAGAGCUGGGAGUGCAGCUGGUGUCAGGCCUCUCUCUGUCCCUCCAGCUCAGCCCAGGGAGUAACAGGGCCAUAGUCGCCACUGCCACCACACAGGAAGUCAUGCAGAAACUCAAACAGGAGUCCCUCAUCAGUGCCUGGCUCCAGUUCAGCGACGGCUCCAUGACCCCUCUGGACCACUACGACCCCGCCCACUUUGUGCUCACAGCAACCUCAUUGGACGAGCAGGUGGUGUCGGUACGGCGCAGCGCGGAGUGGAAGUGGCCGGUCAUUGUGGCAAACGGCGAAGGGCAGGGGUUACUGGUGCGUGUGGAGAUGACAUCAUCAGAGAUCUGCCAGAAGACAAAGCGACGCACCAUUUUGGCAGCCGGGGUGGGAAAUGUCUGCGUUAGGUUUGGCCGCUCUGAGGAGCCAUACAGCCACCCGGGAGGCAAAACACGACCAGACCCGCCCUACUACGGAGGCUCCAUCUCUGACAUUGAGGCUGGGAUCAUGAACCGGGGGGCCACGACAGUCAAGACCCCUAUCCCGGUGAGGCCCAAUGGGGACAGGCUGUCGGCCGACGGAAGAGUCCCUGGGGGGUUCUCUGAGUUCCCUGCCCAGGAGGAGCUGCCGCGGGGCCGCAGCACGGACGAGGAUCUGUUGUCAUCACGCCGCAGCCUCACUGACCUGGAGAUCGGUAUGUACGCACUGCUGGGGGUCUUCUGCCUGGCCAUCCUGGUCUUCCUCAUCAACUGCAUCUCCUACGCCCUCAAGUACCGCCAUAAAGAGCUGCCCUUGGAGGCCCCCGAGGCCAUGCCCCAUGCCCACGACUGGGUGUGGCUUGGCCAGGAGGAGGGCCUGUGUCUGCAGCAGCAGCAGGACGAGCUGGGCAGCACCCUGGAAGAGGGCAGCCAGUUGCUGAACGGCGGUGUUCUGAAGGGCAGUGCCCAGGGAGGCUGCCCGGGAGGCAGGAACGAGUCACUCAACUCACCCACCACCAAGAGGAAGAGGGUCAAAUUUACCACCUUCGCCAACAUCAAGCCCAGUAACGGAUGCCCAGUUCUAAGCCCGCUGGCACUCGGACAGACCACCGACAUUAAGUGGGUAUGUCCGGACAUCGAGCUGGGGGACUCGCAAGAGCUCCGGAAUUACAUGGAGAGGUUGAACGAGAAUGCUACAAAAAACAUUGUAUAGAYGGCUUGAUUUUUUGUGGACAAAUGAGUAACUCUAGCUCACCCGAAUGCCUUCAGAGUAAGAAGGGAGUAAGGGGUGCUUUUUACUGAAACUGGUUGGCACUGUAUCUCGCCAUGACAACAAGACGGAACAUUCCAGCAAGUGUUGUUUCCAUGGUAACUGUUGUAAUAGUUGAUGAUCAUAAAUGAGGUGGGGGGUGGGAAUUGCCAUGACACCACAUUGGAUGUGGGAAUUUGUGAACUUGAAUGUCACUUUAAUUAGUUUAGAUGUCUGUUCCCUUGACUUUAAUUAAAGAAAAGCUUACAUUGCAUUCAGAAAGUAUUCAGACCCUCUCACUU